ACACGACGGCCCACCUGGCGACCCACAACAUGGGGCCCAUCAUGCAGGAACGCACAUCAUCCACGACACUGAAACGCGUCGUCUCCAAAGAGAAGAUUCGGGUCAAACAUACGGAAAACAGCGGACCAGUGACCAGUUCAAAGAAAAGUAACAAGAUGAAGAAAACAGUGGGCCAAAUGAAAAAUGGCCUCCCAGGAUCAGGUCAGGAUAAGGACACGGCAACAACAGUGCAGAAGGCUGCACAGUCAAAUGGUGGUAGGAUGAAAUCGGGCACUUCACGGAAUACAAGCAAACUCUCCAGCCCUGAAGACGGAGAUUUGAGACCUCAAAUCCGCAAACGGCCAUCUGUGCACAGAAAGGAGGAGAAACAAGAAAAUCAAAGGAUGUCACAAUGCGGUAAUGAGCUGCAGCCGAAUCGUGCGGGGAUGGGGAAAAAUCGGCGCGCCCUCUCUCUGCCUCUGUCCCCGAUAUCAGGGCUACGACAUAUGCCAGCACACCCCCUAACACACUCCCCAGCCCCCACCCCAGAGGCACUACGCCACCACUACAACCAGAAAGAUGAUGAUACUGACAGUGCCAGUGAUCUGUCUGACUCUGAGAGGCUGCCUGUGCUGCCCUCUCCUUGUACCCCCUGUACCCCUCCUCACCUCAACCUGCGGGCAGAGGUCAUCAACACAAAUGACUUUCCCCCAGAAAUCCCAGGACCCCAUGGGACUGUGGGUGACGAAGAUGAGAAUGAGAAACCAAGCUACAGUUACCAAGACUUUCUGCCUCCUCCCUUCAGCAGCUGGAGCCUGAGACAGCUGGCAGUGUUUCUUCAUACGGAGGGACGUGGUGCCCCCCGGCCCAAACCGGUAGGGACCUUGGAGAAGUACCUGGAGAGGCUGCUGAAGCUGGAGUGGCUCCAGAUCCAGACAGUGCAAGCGGAGAGUAGUCGUCUACCAGGGAGUCGUCCAAGGCCACAGGGCUUCCCCUCUGCCACCACAGCUCACCCACCCAGGCCCCACACAGCUCCACCGUCCCGACUUAACUCCCCUAAAGGGUUGCGCCAAAGCCAGCGAGCCUUCCCAUUUGCACCUGUUAACAACCCCCCAUCCCCUGCCUCCACUCAGCCCCAGCCCUCCCGCUUACCAGUUUGCCCUCAAUGUCACAUUCGUUACCCGAUGUGCAAUGGAAGCUGCUCUGCCUAUGCCUACCAGCGCCACUCACGGCUUAGCCCACUGCUCGAGCACAAAGCCAGACCUGGGGCGCCAGUAAAGCGGAGCAGUAGUGAGACCCGGGCACCUUCCACUGACGGUAGGAGCCCUGGAGGACAAGGUGGUGGUGGAGGAGGAGCCCAGACCCCAGUUAGUCCCACAGCUGGAAAGAGUCAUCUCCGGCACAUGCAGGCCACAGGCAAUGCCCGAAAGCAAUCCCAGGAACCUGGUACUAAUCCAAAUUGUAGAGGUCAGGCUAGGAAAAGCCGCGUCAGAGCAAACUCUGAGACGGACGUUAAAAAGGUGCCUGGUGACAGUAAAGCAGCCAGUGCAGAGAAACGUGUCUAUGCUGCAAGUAAGCGAGAGGUCGUCACCUCCAAGAAAUCAGAGGUGGGAGGUCAGGGCACUAAAACUUCAUUGAAAAGAGCUGCUAAAGAGCCGCAGUUGCUUUCCAAAGCACCGCUUACUAGUAAGCAGAACGGCAAAACAAAAAAUGUGCACUUUGUUGCAAAGUAACCCUUGUAGAUCUUCAGUAUAGCGCUUCACUUAGUGAUUACUUGGUACAGGAGCUUGAAACGAUGCUUGCUGUCUGUGUAAUGUGUGUAAUACUAACAUGUAACUGUUGUACAGCAGUCUAAAUCAGUCAGUUGUGUACAGCCUUCAAAAGGUCAAAACUAUCAAGACACUGAGUAGCCAGAGUAGAGAUAGGUCACGUGACACUAGAACAGUUAUACACUCACAUUUCAUCCAAAAUGUACAGUAAUUAUAAAGUCAGACUGUGUUUUGAUAAAAGGCUCAUUAUGAACCUCAACACUACUGAUUCUAAAAAACACAGCUCCUAUGUAAGCUAAACUCUUGCACUGCAAUCACGUCUUGUCGUGCAACUGUUGAAAUAGGCAUAAAAUAAGCAAAUACUGUACUGUACUUCCAGCAUAAAUAAUCCAUAGUGAAGUUAAACACAGGUCAUUACAUUUAGUCAUUGAAGACGACUGUAGACGUUAAUAGUGGAGUUUUGAUGUUAGAAUGUAAUUGCUUUCGAGGCUUUUACUUUACUUAAUAUUGCUUCAUGUAAUCUUUUCUUUGGUGUCCCCUGUUUUGAGACAUAUUCAGUUAACGCACCUUUGGCUGAAAAGAAGGAGGCACAAUAAGUGGUGUGUACUGCUGUAAUGUAUUUUAUUUCAGACAUGGUUUUACAUUUUUUUCUUUUACAAGGGCUUUUCAUGUUUGAACAGCUUGAAUUGUAGUGUACGAUAAUAAACUGUAUUUUGCAUAGACCCGAGCUCUUUAUAUGAUUGAAGAUGGUGAAAUGUUUGCUACGAAUGUAAAUGCAUAUUUUUCCAAAUUUUAUAUGCCAUAGUUCUAUUUAUGAAACGUGUUGUGUUUGACUUGUAUCCAUCAUGGUCGUUAUUAUGUUUACAUUGUCAUGCACAGAAAGGAAAACCUAUUUGAUGAAAGAGCUGAAUGUAACGUCUUGUCUAAUGCUGUUCCAUUGGCCACUCUGAGGAUUCAAUGAAAUAUUUAUUUUAUUUAUUUUCAAUUGAAAAAACACAUUUAAAUUGUUGGGCUGCGACAACACUCGAAGUCUGUAGAACACUGUAUUUACAUUAGUGUCUGAUGUGUUUCCUGCAAUUUGACCAUGUGCAAAUGAUUAAUUGGAACACUUCAUUAGUGUAAAUGAUAUCUCUUCAUACUCCUCUUGACUCAAUAUUCAUGUAAAGUAUCAAAGCCAUAGAUAAUGGCCAAGGAGUGGUGAUGUUAUUAUUCAUGUGUACACUACGUUGACACGCACGCAGAAAGAUUGUAUGUAUUUUCCCAGUCCUGAAUGCAAGUAUUUGAAUGGCAUAGAAAUAAAUGUUUUGCACACAUGA